AAACUUAUCUUGAGGUCGUCUUUGCUUCUUUUUUAUAUCUUUCUAUCUUUCACCUUCUUCCUAUUUUUGUGUGUGAAUUCUGAAAGUUCCAGACAGCUUCGAGGCUACUUCCAGGGAGUUUCGUACCAAUUUCAGAGUUGAAUCUUCUAUAUAUUUAGUAAAAACUCAAAUCCUUCAACCAGACAGAAAACCCUCACUUCACUUGUUUUAACUGUAAUAGUUUCCUCACCCUCUCCUCCGAUGAUCUAAAAAACCAGCCUCUGACCGGUGACCGGAUAUCAAAUUUUGUGCUUUCCAACCCAUAUUUACUGAUAUAUAACAAUCUUGUCGUUUUGGAGGAUUUUGAAGUCUUGCUCCCGAUACCGUUAUUUAAAUCUUGCUCUUGAUCAUGCUCCAGACCAACACCAGUGGCAGCAGCCACCACGGUUCUGAUGAUGAUGCCGGAGGCUCUCUUCGUGCUGGCUUACUCACCACCACCACCACCACCAGCUCUUCAGAUAAUAGAUACAGAAGGCUUUGGCAACGCGGUAAUAUAUGUGUAGGCCUUUUGAUUGCACUCAACAAGAGGCCGUCACUGCCUUACGACGCUCCUCCACCACCAUCACCACAACCAACAAUAACUACUACAUUUUCUUCUCCCUCUCUGUCUGAUGAUGCCGGAGGCUCUCUUCGUGCUGGCUUACUCACCACCACCACCACCACCACCACCAGCUCUUCAGCUAAUAGAUACAGAAUGCUUUGGCAACGCGGUAAUAUAUGUGUAGGCCUUUUGAUUGCACUCAACAAGAGGCCAUCACUGCCUUACGAGGCUCCUCCACCACCAUCACCACAACCAACAACAACUACUACAUUUUCUUCUCCCUCUCUGUCUGAUGAUGCUGGAGGCUCUCUUCGUGCUGGCUUACUCACCACCACCACCACCACCACCACCACCAGCUCUUCAGCUAAUAGAUACAGAAGGCUUUGGCAACGUGGUAAUAUAUGUGUAGGCCUUUUGAUUGCACUCAACAAGAGGCCAUCGCCGCCUUACGAGGCUCUUCCAUCACCACCACCACAACAACCAACAACAACUACUACUACAUUUUCUUCUCGCUCUCUGUCUGAAAUCGUGAUUGAUGUCAACGAGGAGGAGGAGAAGGAGGAGGAGGAAAGGGGUGGCGCGGUCACCAGUGAGGUAGUAGAUCAAGAGCAGGUUAAUCGCAUUGUUAAACACAAAGACUUAAAGUCUCUGAGAGACUUGGGAGGUGUUGAACAAGUGGCGAUCCUGUUUAAUUCUGACUUGGUCACUGGACUUUGUGCCUGUGGUGAUGAUCUAGAAGCUUGGAACACAACAAUCAACCCAUUUCAUGGUUUGAUACACUACUUCAUCAAAUCCAGCAACAGUUACACUAUCUUCCUUCUCUUGAUCUCGGCUGCUCUGUCCCUAUUAACCGAGACAUUGAUGGAAGGCCUUAAAUACGGGUGGGCAGAUGGUGUUACGAUACUGGCCUCCGUGUUCUUGCUUGUCACCGUCCCUGCGGUGACUAACUUUGUCGGAGCAAUGAAGCUAAAGAAGAAAUUGCAAAGGAAAGAGAACAAAGUAGAAGUUACAAGAGAUGGGUCGCCCCAAAUUGUUGGAGUCUCAAGAAUAAGGUUGGGUGAUAUUGUGAAUUUGAAAGAGGGCGAUCGGGUUCCUGCAGAUGGUUUGUUUGUUGGUUCUGGUGGUGACAAGUUGGUGUUGGAUGAGGUAUUUGCCUCCGAAAUCGAUUCUGAUCACAACCCUUUUCUUUUAUCUGGUUUUAAGGUUCUUCAGGGGAAUGGCCGCAUGAUUGUGACAUCUGUCGGCACCAACACAGUGAUAGGAAAGGUGAUGAGCACGGUGAACGGUGGUGAUGAUCCAAACAAUGAAACCCUUUUGCAAACUCGAAUCGAAAGGCCAAUCAAAUAUGCAGAUAAGAUUGGUUUGUGUAUCACUAUUCUCAUCACUGCUGUGGUGCUCUUUCGAUUUUUGCGUAGAAACCAUGUUGAACACAAUUUUGAACGCCCAGAACUAAAGGGGAACUUCCAUAUUGAAAAGCUGAUGAAAAUGUUUGAGAGAAUUCUUUUGAGGCCGCGAGGCUUGGUUUGUGUUUUAACAACUACUCUCACUGCAGUGGUGCUGGGGUUUCAAAAUGGGGUCUCCCUAGCCAUUACCCUCUCCCUCUCUUACUGGAACCAAAAGGUAUCUGAUCAUGCCAACCCUCAAACUCUAUCGGCUUGUAGCACCAUCGGCUUCAGCACUGUCUUCUGCAUUGAUUUAUCUGCUGCGGUAAUGUUUGACCAGAUGAAGUUUGACAAGUUCUUUGUUGGUGAGAACGAAAUUGACAGGGAAGAAUACAACAUAUCAAAAGUUGCUCUUGAGGCUUUGCAGCAGGAAAUUGGUAUGAACAAUCUUGUGCCCAAAAGUGGCCGAUUAUGUGAGGCUGUGUUGGCUGCAGUGGCUAUGGAGUCCAGGGAAAUGACGUUCAAUGAGAAAGGCAAAGGGGUCUUGAUGAGGAAGAAUGAAGAUAAUGAGAAAAUUAUGCACUUGCAUUGGAGAAGAUCGGCACAGACUAUAUUAAGAAAGUGCUCGCGCUACUAUGACUAUGAAGGAACAAGCCAUGCCUUGGAUUGUGAUCAUAGACGUGAGUUUGAGAAACUGAUUAAAGGUAUGGAGGACAAGGGCCUUCAUCCCAUUGCAUUUGCUUACCAAACAACAUAUGUUGGGCAAAUUAGAGAAGAAGAUGGGUUGAUCUUGCUAGCACUAGUUGGUGUUAAGUUCAAAGAAGAAACAGAAUCAGCCAUGGAAGGUUUCAGAAGAGCAGGAGUAAGCAUCAAAUUCAUGAUGGGGGAUGAGCUAAGCAAAGCUCAUGAAGCUGAAGACAAACUUCUCUUGAUACGGGACUUGAAAGCACAAGGCCAUGUGGUCGCUUUCUUUGGAGGAUUGACUGCAAGUGACACUCCAGCUUUAAAAGAAGCCGAUGUAGGGAUCACCAAGGAAACUCAGACCACUGAAAUGGCCAGAGAGAGCUCUGACAUGGCCAGAGAGAGCUCUGACAUUAUCCUUUUCGGUCAAUCAGGGUUAUCCUCUUUAACCCAAUUGUUGAAGCAUGGUAGAUGUGUUUACCAUAACCUUCAGAAAUUCAUUGUACUUCAGCUCACUACUUGCAUUUCUGGGAUACUAAUUACAUCUAUCUCAACAAUGUCUCUUGGAGAAUCUCCAAUCACAGCAAUUCAAUUGGUUUGGGCGAACUUAAUUGUCUGUAUGCUAGGUGGCAUAAUGAUGACGACGGAGCCUCCAACUCAGGGACUAAUGGCUCAUCAACCACAACCUGAAAGGACAAAAUCAAUCAUGAGCAAGGUCAUGUGGAGAAACUUUACAGUUCAAGUUGUUUACCAGACCAUUAUUUUGCUAGCAUUUCAGUUUGAAGGACAACAAUCAAAACACAUCCUGGAACAGAACGUAAUCAAAACCAUGAUCUUCAACACUUUCAUCCUGUGCCAGAUCUUCAAUGUGUUCAACGCCAUGGAAUUGGAAAAGAAGGAAAUUUUUAUGGUUGUGAUUCCGUCCUACUACUUCUUGGCAUCUGUAGGGGUUGUUCUGGCUUUGCAAGUGCUAUGGAUUGAGCUUGGGACAAUUCUAACCAAUUACGCGAGGUUGAAUUGUGUUCGGUGGGCAUUCUGUUUCCUCUUCUCUGCACUUUCAUGGGGGUUUGAUCGAGUCUUGAAAUUUCUGUGUCUCUUCCUCAGCAAACCGUCUGUCCGGUCAGUGAGUUCACAGAUAUUGUUCCCAGCUAGGACACAUACACCACAUCUCCCUUUGAUGGGCCUCAUGUCUUCUAUGAUAUUGUUAUUCUCUUUUAAUUAUUAUUUCAAUUCAGACAUCGCCUGGACUAUGCGCUAGUCCCUGUACUGAGAAAGAUGAGUUUGCGGAUUAACCACUAGUCUAGUUAGUGGGUAGGUGAGGUAUUGUAUUAGGUGAUUGGGGAACACGAAGAGGCAUAUUAAAUGAUGAUUGGUUAGAGAGUAUAGAAGCGUGGUACUUCAGGAAUAUUAAAUAAUUUCCCUUAGUUUAGUUAGUUUGUAUAUAUCAAUUAGUUUGUAAUGUAUAUAUCACUGCAAUUCCUUCCUA